AUGCCCACUACGCUGCACGUUGUCUUUCUCCAUCACGCUCAUCUCUUCCGAGCCUCUCAUCUGGUUCCUUCUCCUUCACUUCCCCCAUACUUGCUCCAGUUCUUCAUUUUCAUCCAAGUGGAGUACACAGAUCGUGCAUCCAGCAAUUUUGAUUCCAUCCUCGAUUACUUCAGCUAUCUUGGCGCAAUCACUGCCAGCGGUGUUGGUCGGGUUUAUGAAUGUUUGCGCUUCUACGCUUCUCACCAUCUUCGAAGUUUCUACGAAUGUUUGGUCCUCAUGCUUAGUCUGCAGGAACUUGAUUCCAGACGUCCACAGUGUGGCAAUCGUCUGAACGCACUGCCUGAUAAGGUCAUUUACUGCCGACGAGAGAGCCGACCUUCUGAACUUGGCUCUUCUUUCACAGCCUCUUCUUCACCGACGGUUCUACCUCCGCGGGAGUCGUGA